AUGCAAAAAAUGCCAGGUUCCAGUCGUUCAACAAAACAAAAUCAAGCCAUAUUUGACUUAUUAAACUCGCAACCGUUUGAACUCAAGAUUGAUCUUAUCCAAACAGCAUUCACGUGUCAAGACUCGCUUCUUGUUUACCAUCUUAUCGAUUAUGCACUCCUUCCAAUAUCAAUUUCAAAAUGUGAAACAAAGUAUAAUGGUAGUAUUGUCUCUUUGACUAUUCCGCUUCCAGCCCAUGUUAUUAGUAUUCAACUUAUGUUGCCUGGUUUACGAACAGUUGGAGCUAUUCGUAUGGGAUUAUUUGGACCAUCGGCAGUUAAUGAAGAUGGCAGGUAA